UUGGCGAUGGUUGACUAACAAAGUAUUUCAUUGUGACUAUUCCAAUGUUGUCACGGUUUUUACGAAGGUUGAGCUUUUCGCAUUGAUCUCGGCCCUGGUGAUAUCAUAUGACCUUGAAAGUAUAUAUCUGAAAUAGAAAUAUAUUUCAAGGUUAAAUGAUUAUUGGUGAUGUUUCACAUUCUAUUCGUGAGUGGGCGCGGUUCGAUUGCGAGAAAAAACGUUUCAUGCCAUCUGUUUCUGCAAUGACUCUCAUCUCAUUCAAGAAAAAAGAUGGGAGGUGUCGUAUUGAUUUGAAGGCUUUCAUGAAGAAUGUCAAAAGUGCAUGCUUUCUGACAUCAUCUUGGCAUGUUGCAGCCAAACCGUAUCAAGUAGCUAAUAUUUUUUCUAUAUUGGUGGCAAAAUGGAUGGGACAGUCAUUUUUCACCAGUAUUGAUGAAGUAAUUGCGAAUUGGGCAAAGUCUGGCUGGAAGAUACUAGAAGAUGCCUGAAACAUGUUUGUUUGUUAUCGCAUUCGUGUAACGAAGUCGAUAUUGUGUUGAAAUCCUGUGACACUGUCCACCAGUAUACGUAAGUGCAUGAAACAAUGAACACAUCAGGGUUGAAGACGGAUUGAAAUCACGAAAAUAUGAACAUUUGAAAACCACGACAUCUGUUUUAACCUGCACAGGACGGGGGAUGUAUCUUCAAUCAGCAUUUUAUAAGAAUGGCUGCGUUGCGAUUAAGGUCUGACAGAAUAGGUAAGCUGCGGAGAAGAUUUUGGGGGAGAGCUGGGCCUUCGACUUUAUCUUUGGCAUCAGUCAUCAGUGAUCUGGCGAGCCACGACCGCUCUGUCUCAAACCGGGCCUUAGGCGAAGCCAACCGCAUCUUGGGCUUCCCCUGUAGUACCACUGGGGAUAGUAACAUCGUCCGUCCUGGGGCGCCAGACAAGCACCCUUCGGCAACCUCCACGCCUGGUUUAGAAAUCAGCGGCUGUGAGACAAAGUGGAAUCGAACAGUAAUCAACAAUACGACGAUGACAGAGCAAGGUAAGCUCGUGCCCUUCGUGGAAUACUGCGUCUGCCACGCCUCUGUGCUGACCAUCCUGGUCAUCAGCUUUGAAAGGUAUUACGCCAUCUGUCGGCCACUGAGGGCGUCGUAUACCUGCACCAAGAUGAGGGCGUGCACCUGCAUCCUCACCAUAUGGGCGGCUGCAGUCUUUCUUUCAUGCCCUCUUCUGAUCCUAAGCAAACACGGCUUCGCCAAGUACGCCGACGGCUCCCGGGUGCCGGUCUGCAUCACCGAGCUGACGACGUUCUGGGCGUGUCUCUACAUCAACCUGGUGACGGCGGUGUUCUUCUUCAUCCCGCUCGUCCUCCUCAUCCUCCUCUACCUCGUCAUCGGCAGGAGCCUCAUGCAGGACUCCACCUCCGCCGCCCUCCAGCAGCGGAAGGUCGACCUUCCCAAUAUGAAGGCUCGCAAGCAGGUGGUUGUGAUGCUGGCAACGGUGACCAUCUUCUUCUUCGUGAGUCUCUUCCCCUUUCGGGUCUUCACGUUGUGGAUCGUGUGGACGCCCCAGGAGACAAUAGACUCCAUCGGAGCGCUCAAGUACUACUGCAUGCUGUACGGGGCCCGAGCUCUCCUCUUCGCCAACUCCGCAGUCAACCCGAUUCUCUACAACCUGACGUCGACCAAAUUCCGGGAGGCCUUCCUCAAGCUCCUCAAAAAUGAUCGACGCCAGAGGCAGCUCAGUCGACAGUCGACUUUCAACACGACAGGAAACUCGUCCUCCAACGGCCGUAGCGUCUCUUCGAGGACCAUCUCGACAGACGUCACGGCCAUCAAGGACGUCCAUCCCAGAAUGGCCUUGAUCCGCUGUGGUCGACAGGCUUCCUUCGACGACUUCUCGACCUCCUCGAGGCCCAGCAUGGCGAAAUACGGGCGCCAGAGUAGUUUCGCCGGCACCCACUGCUUCCCCAGCAGUAAUCCGCCGAGCACCGUCAGUUUCAGCAGGCAGAACAGCAGGGAGAACAGCAAGGAUCUCCACAAGGAGGUCGAGAACGGCAUCCUCAGUGCGGUGGAGAUCAGGAGGUACACGGAGGGCGAGAAGCGCCUCUCCGGCGAAGGGCGGAGGCUGUUGGAGAACGAGCGGAGGUCGUUCCGGCAGAUCCAGGAGGAGAAGUUGGGGUGCUGUCGGACCAGGACCGACAGCCUGAGUCAGAGGAGGGAGAGGGAGAAGAAGAUCGUGGCGGAGAUGGAGAAGCUCCUCUCGAAGGAAGGCGACGCCACCACCAACACCACCGUCUCCACCAUCAGCAGCACCUCGAAAGAGUCUGAAACUUCGCAGGGGAGGGAGAGUCGCGAAAAUGACCAGGGAUGCUGCCCCCCCAAAAAGGAAAGGCAGCAGCAGCAGCAGCAGCAAGAGCAGAUUGUUAACCCGGAAACUCUAGCGGAAAAUAGCCGUGAGCCGAUAGAAUUCCGGGGGAAGGGCGCGGCCGAGCCAGGAGGCGUCAACGACUCUGGGAAAACGAUUUUCUUUUGCGAGAGUCUGAGUACAAAGGUCAGCGUGGUGUGAAUUGAUGCCAGAUUCCUGAAAGGGGCAUUUUCACCCUCACAGCUUUACUUACCAAAAGCCAAAGAGAACAAAAAUAAAUAAAUAAAUAAAAUAAAACAAAACAGAGUAGGCUACUUCAUUUUCUAAGAUAUAUUGAUACUUCUGGAAAGUCCUAGUGCUUGCUGAAAACGGGGGAGUCUUCAGUCAAGCAAAAUGGCUUUGUAAAUAAUGUUUUCGUGUACGUGUUCUUGUGUGUUCAUGUGCACGCAAGCGUGUGAACGUACACAUAUAUGGAUUUCUUAUCGAUGACCGGAAGGUGAUAUUAUAGCUACAAAUGAACUGUAACGCAUUCAUAUUGAUAUCUUAUCAAAAUAGGAAAUUUUCUAAAUUUAGACAACAUAAAAUAGUUGUUUUUAUAAAGAAAAAAACAAAGCAAAUAAGGACAUCCGUUUAACAGAAUAUUUUAGGAAGCAUAUUGCAUCGUUUAAAAGUUCUUGAAUAAAUUUAGUUUUUGUCCCUCAAAACUGGUUUCAUGUGGUACUUUUGGGGAAUGCAAAACAGUUUGGGGGAGUCGUAGAUAAUUGAGUCCAGUUUUGACAAGGCAUCUGAGUUGAAACGGCCAGCAACUGUUAUGAAGGACAUACUUCUUCAGGAAACAUUGCAUCUAAAUGAAAGUAAUUAUAUCAGGCACUGAUUUCGUAGAUUGUCUAGGAAUGAUUCACGGAUUUUGCGAAUUAGUAACGAGAAAUUUUAGGUAGAAUUAGACAUCAACUUUGAUUUACUGUCAAUAGCCAUAGAAAACGUAGAUCACGAUCUUGCAGACAUGAGUAGGAGUAUAUAUUUGUAUGGCGGAAUUGAAGAUAAACGUUAUAAGAAAUUUCCAACGUACGAUUCGAGAAACUGAUAUAGUAGUCACCAGUUUGAAUCUGUUAUUUUAAUGAGAAAGAGCAGUUAAUGACCCAAGGAUAAUGUUUCAUUUAAAAGUUGAAGCAUAAAUUAUUUGCAUUUGAUAUCCAUACUAAACUAUAAUGAACAUUGAUGGAUACCUUAAAAUGACAUUGUGUUUUGGCGAGU